AUGAGCUCAGCAGUAGUUCAUCCUCUUAAAACGUACUACGCUCUGACAAUUUGCUCAUACGCCAUCCUCUUAAUAUCCUCUCUAAGCUCCUAUCCUCUCGUUGACAUAGCCACUAGACCUACACUCGUGUACACGUGUACUGUAGCUCUUUACUGUACAAUAAAGUUGUUUAAUACACGUACACGUACACGUGUACAGUACACUACACGUAGUACGAAAGUACUUUCGUAUGUAAGAAUACUGGAAAAAUUUUACUUCGUACUGUACACGUACACGUACGUGUACUUCCGGAAGUACACUGUACAGUACACGUACGCGUACAUGUACAACGUUACAGUACACGUACGCGUACACGUACACGUACAGCACACGUAA